CAAGAGAUUAAAUGAGCGCUGUUUCAAAAUUCCGUAAUUUUAUUUACUUCAUAAUCCAAAUAACGACAAAGCCGGUGAUAUGUAAUUAAUUUUCUUAAAUACAUCUUUCUAAAAGUUUUCCGCUUAUCACUGACGUGUUUUUUCUCAUAUUUUCAUUUAUGACUUGUUUUACACAUCUCACCCACCUGAUUAGUUUUUUUUCAUAGCUGGCAAUCCAAGUGAAUGAAUGAUUCUGUGUUAUGCGUAGGCUAAAAAUGUAAGUUUAGAAAUGUGUUUGUUAUAUACACUACUUACUGUGCUUUUAUGUGUGUGUGUGUAUGCGUGAAUGAUUGCCCCUACUUAUACAUUUAACACUAAGUUUUUGUGUAAGUGUGUGUAUAAAAACUCUUCAAGGCCGUGUGUCUGUUUAUCGAAUUAUUCUAACAAACAGCUGAGUGCUUCAACAUUAGCGGCCGGCUUCUGUCUAUUUUAGGUUUCCGGUAUUUAUAUGCCCAACAGAAACUUCAAAUCAUUAAAGAAAAAAUAUUUUCUGUCAAAAGAAGAACAAUACACAAAGUUACUUCGUGAAAUAUGAAAAUGAUUAACGUAGUAUUUCUUAUACAAGCAACUUUAUUAAUUAAUGUUUAUUGUAAUACUGAGUGGCAGCCGCAUCUCAGUUCGAGUCACGUACGCUAUCAUGGGAUAAUUCAGCCGACACAGCCUAGCCAUGUAAAACGCUGGAUUGUUCUUCUGGGGCGUAAAGUUGUUUUAAACUGUUCCGUUGACUUACCGCCAGAAGUUAAUCCAAGACAAGUGCAAUAUAGAUGGGAAAAUCCUGAAGGUAAAGUAUUGGGAUACAGUAAACUAUACGUCAUACCUAAUGUAACCAUGAACGACGCUGGUGUUUAUACAUGUCAUAGUUCAGCUUAUUUGGGUUAUGGUGGAGAACAGUGGUCUGAUCAUCAUCGCCUUUACCUAGAAGUUCAGGAUGACAUUUCUAUGGCUGGUGGAGACAGAUAUUCUGAGCCUACGAUCGUACUGAAUCCAGGUGACCCUGGGCCAUUGGAAGUGAAUUUUGGUGAAGUGCUUUAUUCUCGCUGCUCAGUUCUCGACAAUGAAAAGUAUUCAUACAGAUGGAUUCAACGUGCACCGGAUGGAACUGUAAAAGAAAUAUCAUCUGAUGCCCGUCUGUACAUUACAAACUUUGGACCAGAACACUUACAAUAUCCGAUUCGAUGUGAAGUAACACGGUUAUCAGAUGAGGAAGUUUUUGAGAAAGUUUUAAAUCUCCGACUUAUAUCAUCAGGUGGUCUUGAUACUGAUGAUGAAUUCAAAGCAUUAAAACUGACUAUCAAACCUUUACCAGAUGAAGAUUUUCGUCAAGGAACCAUUAUGCGACAAUGUCUAUUUGAAAAUGAUCCCGAAGCUAAUCAGUUAUAUGAUUUUCAUUGGAUUGAUCAAAAUGGCCGAGUUGUAACUAGAGAUGAUACACUGUACCUAUUGAUUGAAGAUCCAAGUGAUUUGAGCAAUUAUACAUGUGAAGCAACUAAUCGGCAAACAGGCGUUAUUUAUCAGGCCAAAUAUCGUGUAUCUAUGGAGAAUGGUCAGCAAGCUAUGCAACACAUUGUAAAUAUUCGAGCAAUUACCGGUGAGGUAAUUAUCGGCAGACCAUAUGAAAUGGUGUGUGAAGUUCAACCACCACCAGAAGAGCCUGUCAGAUUUUCAUGGUAUCACAAUGGUGAAAUCGUUCAUCGUGAACCUCUAUUACGCGUGGAUUCAUUAACAUAUCGAGAAAUUGGAAUUUAUAUAUGUCGAGCUGAGUGGACACCGAGAUAUUCACGUACUGGAAGUAUAGAUGCCAAUGCAACAGUAGAACUAAGCUUAGCAUUGACAAGAGAAACAAAAAUUGAAAUGAGUGCUCCGCCUGGUUCCGUUAUGGUAUCUUUACCAGGAGAAACACGUGAACUUCACUGUGAAUUCCCUGUUGCUAAUCCAAGAGAUGUUAGAUGGUAUUUCGAGAAUCAGUUAUUAGAAAGUCAUCCAACAAUAAAUUCAACCGGAAAAAUUUUCCGCAUAGAUCGCAUGAGAGUUAGCAUUGUGACUAUCAAAGGCAUUGAAAAUGAUCAUGCUGGAACAUAUGAAUGCAGAAUUGGUCGUGAUGUUAAACAAACUCAUUUGGUUGUCAGAACUGAAGAAGGACUGGAGAUCAAUCCUAAAUCUGAUACAGUCGAUGAAGGUACUGCUGUUGAAUUUCAUUGUCGUGUGCAUGGACUAGCAGGUGAUGUGAGUCGUCAACUAGAAUGGUAUUACAGACCAUUCAAUAGUCCCACACGAGUUCGCCUUGAGCUUAAUCAACCAGACGGUUUUUCGCGUAAUGAUGAUCCAUUCGCUCAGCAUACUAGUUUUAUUAAUAAAGCGAGAGCACGCGUAUCUGAUCAAGGUGAAUAUAUCUGUCGGUUACCAUCUCAGAAUGAAGAAGUCAUUGGAAAACUUUUUGUUAGAGCUAUUAGAACAUAUGUCUUGACUAUUACCCCUCCGAGACUAACUGUUCGACCGUACCAACCUAUAGAAUUCGAAUGUUUUGCCACAUCUGAUGGACAGCCAGCUCCAUUUACACCACGCUUCCAAGUUAGAGACUCUAGAGUUUACUAUGAAACAAUUCGUGUCAGUGAAAAUCGUGUCAGAUUUGUUCUGCAAAGAGGUUUGGGGGCAGAUCAGAAUGGAACAGUAGUUGAAUGUCUUUCAGAUGAACCCAGCAACACUGCGGUUGCCAUAAUUACUGUUGAAGAUAUCUGUCCAGAAGGCUCACGUCGCUGUCGUUCUGGACAGUGUUUACCAUCUGGAAGAUUUUGUGAUGGUGCAAGAGACUGUGAUGAUGGAUCAGAUGAAGAUCCUAAACUUUGCAAUGUGUGUGAUCCAAUUUCAAGAAAGUGUGAAUACUAUCAAGGAAGAGAACCGAUUAAACCAACAUUUAUGGUACACUGGACAUGUGAUGGCGAAAGUGACUGUGGAAAUGGUUUCGACGAAGGCAACUGUGAAGCUCGAGCAUCUGAACGUUGUCAAGAUCGCAUGUUUACUUGUUCUCGUGACGGUCGUCAAAUCCCAAUGGCCUUCGUGUGUGACAAAGAUCGAGACUGUAGUGAUGGUGAAGAUGAACUUACUUGUGCUGCACCAAUGAUAGCUGAGCCGCUCACAACACGCUAUUCUGUUCGUCAAGGUGAUACUGUAGUACUUGUUUGUGAGGUGACUGGUAAUCCUGUGCCAUUCGUCAUUUGGCGUUUCAACUGGGGAUGUCUUCCUGAAGAACCUGGUCGUUUCCGAAUAAGUAAUGUGCCACGCAAUUGUGAUUCACCUAUGCCAACGGUUGUUAGUACACUGACAAUAACAAAUGUAAGACCAGGGGAUGAUGGAAUCUAUAAUUGUGAAGGUCUUUCAGGAGCUACUCGAGCUUUAUCCAACGAUCUGGUAGUAAUGAUUGGAGGUUAAGAUAGAAGUCUAAUCAGGAAUAUAACAAAAAUGGCAAGCGCGAAAUUCACUCAAAUAUAUAUUAUAUAUAUAUAGCUUAGAAAUAUUUCUUCCAGGUUUUUAACAUUCUGUGUUCAUAUAUAUAUAUAUAUAUGUAUAUAUAUAUGAACAUUAUACCAAAACAAACUAAUUCUACUUCUUCAUUUUUUGCUAAGUAUAUUUUAAUGAAUUACUGACUUCUAGUUAUAUUUUUUUUAAAUGAUAAUAAAACGACAAGCUAUUUAUUUUACCUUAUUUAUUCAUUAAUUAUGCAGUUAACAUUAAUUUGUUCCUUUUAAUCAAGAAGUCAGCCACCAAACAUUAAUCCACUGUUUUCUGAUCCUAGAAGGCAAACAAACAAAUAAGCCAACAAAACAAAUGAAAUAAAAUAGAAUUAGCAAUUUUAAACUCUGAUUAGUGACAGACACUAUAACAUUUAAUUAUUCAACUUGCAUUUUCAGAUAGUUUGUUAUUCUAUUUUGUUUUCAAUGACCAAGGCAUCUAUUUAUUUUCCUUUGUUUCUUUUAUGAUGUGAUGGAAUAAGGUUGGAGAUUAUACAUUUUAGAAAACUUGUAGAAGAAUCAAACACUAACAAACAAAGCGGAAUAAUAUUUGAUAAAGUAAUAAAAUCAGACUGAUAGAAUCAUUAUAAUUGCAUAUUCUUUAAAUAGUAAUUAGUUUAGUGAUAAUAAACAAAACUUCUAGCCUCUCUUCUCUCUUAUAUUCUGUUUUAAUCCCUGAUUUUUAUCAGUAUAUUUAAUUGACUAACAAAUCAAAAUAUUAUUCUAAUUGUUUAGUAACACUGUUAUUUUAGAAAUAUUCAUGCUUAUUAAUAAAUAUAUAUAUUUUUUGUUUACAUAAAACUUAUUUAUGAUACACUAAAUUAAAACUUGUUACUGUGAGUUUGAAGGGGGUUAAAUGAACUUAAAUAUCAAGUUAUGCAUUUCCGAAAGUUUAAUUAACGUGAUCAGC